CGGCCGCCGCAGCUGGCGCAGCUGGCGCAGCCCCGCUGCCCGCCGCCGCCGCCCGGCCCCGCAGCCCCUGAGUCCCGCGCACCCCUCGGGCUCCAGCAUGAGCGGCGGCAGCGGGGGCGGCUCCUCGGCACCCGGCCGCUUCGCCGACUACUUCGUGAUCUGCGGGCUGGACACCGAGACCGGGCUGGAGCCGGACGAGCUCUCCGCUUUAUGCCAGUAUAUACAGGCCUCUAAAACCCGAGAUGGUGCCAGCCGUUUCAUUUCAAGUGCAACAGAAGGGGAGAACUUUGAUCAGACUCCGUUAAGACGCACAUUUAAGUCCAAAGUUCUUGCCCGCUAUCCUGAGAAUGUUGAAUGGAACCCUUUUGACCAGGAUGCAGUGGGAAUGCUGUGUAUGCCUAAAGGACUUGCUUUCAAGACACAAGCAGAUUCUAGAGAACCUCAGUUUCACUCUUUUAUUAUUACUCGUGAAGAUGGCUCACGGACAUUUGGAUUUUCUCUCACGUUUUUUGAGGAAGUUACUAGCAAGCAGAUCUGCAGUGCGAUGCAGACAUUGUAUCAUAUGCACAAUGCUGAAUAUGACAUUCUUCAUACUCCACCCACAAAUGAUAAAGAUAGCUGCAGCAGCACUGGAGACUGCAACGGCACUUCUAUUUCAAAGCUACAGCGUUUUAACUCGUAUGACAUUAGCAGAGACACGCUCUAUGUCUCAAAGUGCAUUUGUUUGAUUACUCCCAUGUCUUUCAUGAAAGCUUGUAAGAAAGUACUAGAACAACUUCACCAAGCAGUGACUUCGCCUCAGCCACCACCUCUACCUUUAGAAAGCUACAUCUACAAUAUUCUCUAUGAGGUUCCUCUUCCUCCAGCAGGAAGGUCAUUAAAAUUUUCAGGUGUUUAUGGACCAAUUAUCUGCCAGAGGCCAAGCACCAAUGAACUACCGUUAUUUGAUUUCCCAGUUAAAGAAGUAUUUGAGUUGCUUGGAGUCGAAAAUGUGGUUCAACUCUUUACCUGUGCACUCUUGGAAUUUCAGAUACUGCUUUAUUCACAGCAUUAUCAGAGACUGAUGACUGUGGCAGAGACCAUUACAGCACUAAUGUUUCCAUUUCAGUGGCAGCAUGUGUAUGUUCCUAUCCUUCCUGCAUCGCUCCUUCACUUUCUAGAUGCUCCUGUCCCUUAUCUGAUGGGCUUGCACUCCAAUGGACUGGAUGACAGGUCUAAGCUGGAGCUUCCUCAAGAGGCUAACCUUUGCUUUGUGGAUGUAGACAACCAUUUCAUCGAGCUGCCAGAAGACUUGCCCCAGUUCCCAAAUAAACUUGAGUUCGUACAGGAAAUUUCAGAGAUACUAACGGCUUUUGGAAUUCCUCCUGAGGGAAACCUUCAUUAUAGUGAAAGUGCUUCAAAGAUGAAGAGCCUCAGAGCAUGUGACCUGGUUUCUGAUAAAAGAAAUGGGAACGUAGCAGGAUCACCUUUGAAUUCCUAUGAGUUGCUAAAGGAAAAUGAGACCAUUGCAAGACUCCAAGCACUGGUUAAAAGAACAGGUGUGAGCCUAGAAAAGCUGGAGGUGCGAGAGGAGACUAGCAGCAAAAAGGAUCUUAAAAUUCAGUGUGAUGAAGAGGAAUUCAAGAUUUACCAGCUGAAUAUUCAAAUCCGUGAAAUUUUUGCCAACCGCUUCACACAAAUGUUUGCGGAUUAUGAAGUAUUUGUCAUUCAACCCAGUCAGGACAAGGAAUCUUGGUUUACAAACAGGGAACAGAUGCAAAACUUUGAUAAAGCAUCUUUCUUGUCAGACCAGCCUGAGCCUUACUUGCCCUUCCUCUCAAGAUUCCUGGAGACACAAAUGUUUGCAUCUUUUAUUGAUAAUAAGAUCAUGUGCCAUGAUGAAGAUGAUAAAGAUCCUAUUUUGAGAGUAUUUGAUUCAAGAGUGGAUAAAAUUAGGCUGCUGAAUGUUAGAACACCAACUCUGCGCACAUCUAUGUAUCAGAAAUGCACAACCAUUGAUGAGGCUGAGAAAUCAAUUGAGUUAAGACUAGCAAAAAUAGAUCACACUGCAGUCCAUCCACACUUGCUGGACAUGAAAAUUGGGCAAGGGAAGUAUGAACUUGGAUUUUUUCCCAAACUUCAGUCUGAUGUUCUAUCCACUGGACCAGCAAGCAACAAGUGGACAAAGAGAAAUGCUCCUGCACAGUGGAGACGGAAGGAUAGACAGAAGCAACACACAGAGCACUUACGUCUUGACAACGAUCAGAGAGAGCACCUGGACUUUUCCAUGCCAGAACUUCAGUUGCAGUUAUGUUUAGACUGGGACCAGCAUGAUUGGCCCUUCAUGCCCUCUAUAAAAUCUGUGUCAGAGCGUUAUCUGAAGUAUAUCCAAGAAGCCAGGAACUUGGGCAGCACUAUUCGGCAGCCAAAGCUGUCAAACCUCUCUCCGUCAGUAAUUGCACAAACUAACUGGAAGUUUGUAGAAGGCUUGUUGAAGGAAUGCCGAAAUAAGACCAAGAGAAUGUUGGUUGAAAAAAUGGGACGAGAAGCUGUGGAGCUAGGUCAUGGUGAAGUGAAUAUCACAGGUGUAGAAGAGAAUACCCUGAUAGCUAGUCUGUGUGACCUCUUAGAAAGGAUAUGGAGCCAUGGUCUGCAAGUCAAGCAGGAUAGAAGCUGUACUGCUUUCGUCUUAGAAGACAGAGCAUCAGUAUACUCUGCUUCAACCCAGAUUUGGGCCUUUCAGACCACCAGACGGCCAACCCUACAUAAGGGGAAGUCUGCUUUGUGGUCUCAUCUGCUACAUUACCUUGAAAACAGGCAGAGGAAAACAACAUCAGGCAGUUUCAGUACCUCAGGAAUACUACUUGAUUCAGAAAGAAGAAAGUCGGAUACCAGUCCAGGCAUGUCACCUCUCAGAAUCUCUCUGGUCCAGGAUAUGAGGCAUAUCCAGAAUAUCAGUGAGAUCAAAACAGAUGUUGGCAAAGCCAGAGCCUGGGUUCGUCUCUCUAUGGAAAAGAAGUUGCUCUCUAGGCAUCUAAAACAGCUGCUUUCAGAUCAUGAACUCACAAAAAAACUCUACAAGCGUUACGCAUUCCUCCGCUGUGAUGAUGAGAAAGAACAAUUCUUAUAUCAUCUCCUGUCAUUCAAUGCUGUUGAUUACUUCUGCUUUACCAAUGUUUUCACAACAAUCUUGAUACCAUACCAUAUAUUGAUUGUUCCUAGCAAGAAACUUGGUGGCUCCAUGUUUACAGCCAAUCCUUGGAUAUGUAUCUCAGGAGAGCUGGGUGAAACAGGAGUCUUGCAGAUUCCCAGGAAUAUAUUAGAAAUGACUUUUGAGUGCCAGAACUUGGGAAAACUGACCACAGUGCAAAUAGGACAUGAUAAUUCAGGGCUGUAUGCCAAGUGGCUAGUGGAGUAUGUUAUGGUCAGAAAUGAAAUAACAGGGCAUACUUACAAGUUUCCCUGUGGAAGGUGGCUUGGAAAGGGAAUGGAUGAUGGCAGCUUAGAGAGGGUCCUGGUGGGAGAGCUGCUGACAUCCAACACUGAGGUUGAUGAGCGGCAGUGUCGAACCCCUCCUUUGCAGCAGUCACCAAGCAUGAUCAGAAGAUUGGUCACUAUAUCACCAAACAAUAAGCCAAAGCUAAAUACUGGCCAGAUACAAGAAGCUAUUGGUGAAGCUGUCAAUGGCAUUGUUAAGCAUUUUCACAAGCCAGAGAAAGAGAGGGGCAGUCUGACACUCUUGCUGUGUGGAGAAAGUGGACUUGUUUCAGCUCUUGAGCAAGUAUUUCAACAUGGAUUUAAAUCACCCAGGCUCUUCAAAAACGUCUUUAUUUGGGACUUCUUAGAAAAAGCACAAACGUAUUAUGAGACCCUUGAACAGAAUGAAAUGGUUCCAGAAGAGAAUUGGCAGACAAGGGCCAGGAAUUUCUGUCGCUUUAUCACUGCUAUCAACAACACUCCUAGAAACAUUGGGAAGGAUGGCAAGUUUCAGAUGCUGGUGUGUCUUGGAGCCAGAGACCACCUUUUGCAUCAUUGGAUCGCCCUGCUCGCAGACUGCCCGAUCACAGCACAGAUGUAUGAAGACAUAGCACUGAUUAAAGAUCAUACUCUAGUGAAUUCUUUGAUUCGAGUGCUGCAGACCUUGCAGGAGUUCAACAUUACGCUGGAGGCAUCUCUUGUCAAAGGAAUCGAUAUUUGACCUCUUGUCCCACAAAAAAACAACAAAAACUGUUUAAAACAUCACCACCAACAACAA